AUGCCAAUGAAGAAAUCAAGUGUUUUUGCUGCUUCUGUUGCUGCAGCUUCUGCUACUGCCCUCUCUGUUUCUUCCUCUUCUUCUGGUUCUAACUCUGACGUCAAGGAAGCUGGCUCAAACCAAAAUCAGCAAAGAUCUGCUUCAAUGGAUAAAUUUGCACCAAGGUUUGAUGGGCUGAGGUUUAUUGAAACACUGGUCACUGCUCACAGAUGA